AUUCAUCAUUCAUCCUCAAUUGUUCAUUAAGCCAUUCAUUCCUCCUCAUUCACUCAUACAUUUCUCAUUCAGUCAUUCAUCCCUCCUCAUUCAUUCUUCCCCACCCAUUCAUUCAUUCACUCAUUCAUUCCUCUUCAUUCAUUUAUUCAUUAAUAAUUAUAUGUAUGUAUGUAUGUACAUAUAUAUGCAUAUAUAUGUAUAUGUUAUAUAUAUGUGUGUGUAUGUGUGUGUGUGUGUGUGUAUAUGUGUGUGUGUGUGUAUGUGUGUGUGUGUGUGUAUAUGUGUGUGUGUGUGUAUGUGUGUGUGUGUGUACGUGUCCACAUGUUAAUGUAGGAGCAACUGUAUAUAUAUGCCCACUUAUUCAUACUAUUUAAAAGCGGAAAAAAGGAAUGGAUGAAUGAA